UUAUUUUAAGUGAAUUAAUUGCUAUUUACAUAUACUUUCAAGGAUUUUUGCGCAAUUUGUAAAUUUACGGUGUUUCAAUUGCCGAAAUUAUUUAUUAAGGAACCACCCAUUAAUUAUUUCGGGAAGUUUAAAUAACACAAUUCUAUAAAAGGCAAAACCUCAUUCACAUACCGGUAACAACUGAAGAUGAUCAGAUAUUACAUCGUGCUUCUUUUAUAUUUUUUUGCCCCCCCAGUUCUCGGCAUUUCUGAAGAAAUGCAAGAACUGGUAAACCAACUGCAUUCAACAUGCGUUGCAGAAACUGGAGUUUCGGAAGAUUUGAUCAACAAGGUUAAUUCGGAUAAAGUAAUGAUCGAUGACGAGAAACUCAAAUGUUACAUCAAAUGUCUAUUGACUGAAACUGGUUGUAUUAGUGACGAUGGUGUUGUGGACGUUGAAGCCACUAUAGCCCUCCUCCCUGAAGACAUGAAAGCUAAAACAACCCCCGUGAUUAGGUCUUGUGGGGCCAAAAUGGGGGCCAACCCUUGCGAAAGCGCCUGGUUGACCCACAAGUGCUACUUGGAGACAAGUCCCGCGGUAAAAGGUCAAAAAUCAGGGGGCGCAAUUUUUAAUAUAUUUUUUUCAGGACUACGUGUUGAUCUAAUGACCCUAAACUGUUUAUUACUGAUAAAUAAAACCUGCACGUUGAUUCAAUGAUUAUUUGAAACUCCUUCCCUUCUAGGCGAAAAAGUACAUUUUGCUUGCAUUUGUAAAUUCGUGACUUUGUCUUGUAUUUUUUUUAAGUUAGUUUUAUAAUUGUAUUUUAAUGUGUACAUGUGUUUUUUGGAACAAAUAAAAAAUCGAAUCCUG